AUGCGACCGUCCCACGCUCUAGCAGCCUGCCUUUUAGGCCAUGCCGCCGCGGAGGACGUGGCCCCGCCGCUCAACAUCACGGCGCUUUCUUCCCGCAAUGGCUAUUCGGUGCUUGAGUGCUGGCAGCUGUCGACUGUCCCGGUGGGCUACAUGUCGGCGGCCAACUACGCCAUCGGCAACACUACCGCAGCCACGUGGUCCCGGAUUGAACCGCGGACGACCGCCGGCGAGGCCUGGGCGCCACAUGUCCAACUGUCGAUCGUCUUGAAUGGCUUGAUAAGGAUCACGGCCCCCUGCCCUGCCCGUGACCGUCCCGACAAUUACUCGGUGGGCAUUCCGGAUGGCCCAGCCGGAGAGGGACGGCCGCCAACGGAGAUGGCAUACAUGAUGCCUGGGACGUUACAGUCGUCGCUGUUGAUCGCAGCGGACCUCAAAUCAGCCAGCACCCUCGCCGGCCAUUUUACCGAAUUCCCAAGCAAUGAGCCCACGGUUCUCGUCCAGACCCCGUUCGAAGACAACAAGGUUCCGGAGUACACGGUACUUCACAGCGGGCCCUGCAGGGAAUGA